UUGAUGAAGAAUGGAUAAGAACAGAUGCUGGGAGCAGAUUAAGGAUAUAUUCAACCAUCUGGACAGGACGGAGAGGGAGGAACGUGUAUCAUGUUUCGUUCUUGUCGGACGGAUGAUCCAAUCCUUUCCACCGAUCCUGGCUGAGAAUCCGUGCCUGGAGGAGCCACCAGAGACGAAACAGAGAACCAGAGCUUUUAGUUCUUAUGUUCUCUGUCAAACUCUUCAGUUUCAGAGUAACCCUGAAUACUCCGAGUGGGAUACUGAGAUAUAUGCUCUACAAACUAUUAUGUUUGAAACCCUACGAACCCAUGACAAAAAGAGAUGGAAAUAUUUUAUGGAAGAAUUACUCCGAUUUACGCUUUGUCUGAGUAUCAUCAUGCGAAGGAUGGAGAAGAGUGAAGAUUCUCCCUCCGUCCUUGCAGAGAUUGUAACUAGAAAGGAAAUGGAUAAGUUGGGACGGUUUAUAAAGGAGGAUAAAUGUAGGAUUUUAGAGGAUCAGGAACCUGAGGAUUCUAUCUUCUCCAAUAGUGUUAGACUUGUCUCAACCCGGAUACAGGACUCAACCCGGAGACUUCUCUUCUCCUUGAACCGAAUCCUACUGAAGAAUAUACAGCUGAUCUCGGCUUGUAUACGAAGACAUGAACUUACAAUACGAAAGUUUUGUCUGAUCCAGAUGAGUUUAAGUGAUGUUGAACUGAAAACUCAAGCUUUACAGCUCAUAUCCUCAAUCUUCAAUCCGAGGGAGACCAACCUGAAACUGGUUUCGAUGGAGACUAAACUGGUUCUUAAGACAUUCCAGUUGCUCCAUGACUGUGAAAAACUGAUGACUUUAACCGAGCCUCAGAUCUUCAGAAUUUCUAGCGCUAUGUUUCAGUUCCUGGAAAACUGGGUUGGAUUGGAAUCUAACUCUUCCUUGACAAUCUUACUCCGGAGCACAGUUUAUCAAUCCGUUCUAUCAUUCAUUGACACUGAUUGGUUUCAAAAAUUAGAGGUUGACAAACGAAACAUUCUUUUCCAGUUUCUGAUAUCAUUCUUGGACGACUCCGAAGAGCUGGGAGAAGGAGAGACAAUAUCUAUUCUCCGAUGUGGUCUCAACUUGCAGGAUGAGAAACCUUUGAUCAGUUUCUCCUGGAGAGAAAUGAACUGUUUUACACAAAUCCCGUCUCGAAGUGAGAAACGGAAGCAUGAGGAUUUUGAGGAACCAAGAUUUAAUUUUCUUCUCAGUAAAUCUUGGUUAGAUAGUCUCGAGUUUUUAAGAGAUCUUCUCCAUCGUGACCUGAACCUUGAAUCCUGUCUAUCCACUUGUAAUAUAAUUCUGAAAGCUGGAACCGUCCUACUUUUAAGAUGCAAGGAGAAAUGGCCGGGUUUAUCUUACCUUGUCCUGGAUCCGGCCACAGUAUCAAGUAUAGUCUCCCUUCUUUACAGUUGUCUGGAGACUGGACCAGAACCGUCCUUAUUCCAGGACUAUUUUAAUCUUAUAAACUAUCUGAUCCUGCUUCUUAACGCUUGCAAGAACUAUUCAGAGAUAAUUCCCAGUCUUCACUUACUUGCCGGGAUUCUUGCUCUUCCCUACACCUCGGAAUUAGCUCAGCUAGACUUAAAACUUGGAAAAUCUCUAUCCGUUCUGACCGCAGUGAAACCAGGACUGAACCCGGGAGAAGGACGGAUGGUUUAUCAGUAUCAGGGUUUAUAUUAUCUCUCCCUACUGCCUAAAGAUGUAGCACCUAAAUGGAGACUUCAGGUCUUCAAGCAGGCUCUCAGUAAAACUCCUGAGUAUGUUGUCAGAUGUGUACCGAACCUUGUUUGUAUCCUGGGAACCACCUGUACUGCAUUGGCUCUGGAUGUCAUCUCUCGUCUCAAUAAACAAACAAACAAAAUGUUUACUGAGGAGAUCUCCAGGUAUUCAGGACUGCUCGUGUGUAGUCUAGCUAGAGGAGUAGAACUUGAGCUAACUGGAGUCAAGGAUGAGAUCAAGGAGAAGGACGAGUUCUCCAGGAAAGAUUGCUCAGAGAUGGAUAUCUCCGGAACGGAUAGCAGAGGAGAUGGUUUCUCCCGGAUGGAUAGCAGCGGAGAAGAUAUCUCGGAGAAGGAUGUAUCCGAAGAACCCGGACUAACCCCCGUAUGUAGAAAGUGUCAUGGUCAAAUUAAAUAUAAAGGAGGGAAUGUCGAGUUUAAUUCUAUUCAGCCUCUCUUCAAGCUUAUAGGUGGGUUAUUAUUCUAUUUUAAUUGUUUCGAGAUUUGAACCGUCGCUCAAUUG